AUGUACGGACUGCUGCUGGAGAACCUCUCCGAGUACAUCAAGUCCGUCUACGGCGAGGAGAAAUGGGAGGACAUCCGGCGACAGGCAGGCAUCGAUUCGCCCUCCUUCAGCGUCCAUCAGGUCUAUCCCGAGAAUCUGCUGCAGAAGCUGGCCAAAAAGGCUCAACAGGUGCUGGGCGUUUCCGAGCGGGAUUUCAUGGACCAGAUGGGCGUCUACUUUGUGGGCUUUGUGGGCCAGUAUGGCUACGAUCGUGUCCUUUCCGUUCUGGGUCGCCACAUGCGCGACUUCCUCAAUGGACUGGACAACCUGCAUGAGUACCUGAAGUUCUCCUAUCCGCGGAUGCGGGCUCCCAGCUUUAUCUGCGAAAACGAAACGAAGCAGGGUCUGACCCUGCACUACCGUUCCAAGCGUCGAGGAUUCGUCUACUACACGAUGGGUCAAAUCCGAGAGGUGGCACGGUAUUUCUAUCACAAGGAGAUGCACAUCGAGCUCGUUCGGGAGGAGAUCCUGUUCGACACGGUCCACGUGACCUUCCAACUGACCUUCGAUAAUAGGGCGUUCACACUAGCGUCCUUGGCAAUGACCCGAGAGGAGAAGCACCUGCCCAUCAGUGCUCAUGUGUUGUUCGAGAUCUUUCCCUUUUGUAUGGUCUUCGGUGCCGAUAUGGUUGUGCGAAGUAUUGGUAACUCUUUAAUGGUGAUUUUACCGGAACUUCUGGGAAAAAAAAUAACGGCCUGGUUUGACCUAGUUCGUCCACUAAUUGCAUUCAAGUUUCAGACCAUACUCAAUCGCACUAACAACAUUUUUGAGCUGGUCACUGUGGAUCCAGUUACUGAGAGGUUCGAUGUGCAAAACGAGGACUUACUUCAGCAUGAAGAUGGCAGCGAACCGGAAAAGUCUCUUAGAUUAAAAGGUCAAAUGGUCUACAUGGAGAACUGGCGCAUGAUCAUGUUUCUGGGUACUCCCGUAAUGCCGGAUCUGACCUCGCUAAUAACCACAGGUCUAUAUAUCAACGAUCUGUCCAUGCACGACUUCAGUAGGGAUCUUAUGCUGGCGGGUACUCAACAAUCGGUGGAACUCAAGUUGGCCCUGGAUCAAGAACAGCAGAAGUCAAAGAAGCUGGAGGAGUCCAUGAGAUUGUUGGAUGAGGAGAUGCGGAGAACGGAUGAGCUUCUGUAUCAGAUGAUACCAAAGCAGGUGGCUGAUAGGCUCCGACGAGGCGAGAAUCCCAUUGAUACCUGUGAGAUGUUCGAUAGCGUUUCCAUCCUGUUCUCAGACAUCGUGACCUUUACCGAGAUUUGCAGCCGCAUUACUCCGAUGGAGGUAGUGUCCAUGCUAAAUGCCAUGUACUCCAUUUUCGAUAAGCUGACGGAGCGGAAUUCAGUCUACAAGGUGGAAACUAUUGGUGAUGCGUAUAUGGUGGUGGCGGGGGCUCCUGAUAAGGAUGCCAAUCACGCCGAGCGAGUCUGUGAUAUGGCGCUGGACAUGGUGGACGCGAUUACCGAUCUGAAGGAUCCCUCAACGGGCCAGCACUUAAGGAUACGUGUGGGCGUCCACUCGGGCGCCGUGGUGGCGGGCAUCGUGGGCCUUAAGAUGCCCCGCUAUUGUCUCUUUGGGGAUACGGUGAAUACCGCUUCACGAAUGGAGUCCACCAGCAUCGCCAUGAAGGUGCACAUAUCCGAGUCCACGAAGGUUCUUAUCGGACCCAACUACAAGAUCAUCGAGCGCGGUGAGAUCGAUGUAAAGGGCAAGGGAACCAUGGGCACAUAUUGGCUGGAGGAGCGUGAGAACCGGCUGCCUCUGCAGCUAACCGCCGCUUUGCAGGUCCAUCCGCUCUCACCUGUUCCACCAACGCCCACACCCAAGACGAAGGCCAUAAUGCCUCCAGUAUCCAAAGCGUUGACUCCGAUGGUUCCCGUUUCGGUUUCCCUGGCAGUUUCCAGUCCCGCCACCAGUGUUCCUGCUGUGGAUGUGAUGGCUCCUUCGUCAAGCAUUUCCGGUUUGGUACUAACUGCCGCUGCAGCGGCACACAUGUCCUUGCACCACCAGACGGUGGUGGCGGAGGCAUUAACCGGAGGUUCAUCUGAAGUGGUACCGCCAGUAUGUGGAGGAGCAGCUUCUGCCACAACAGGAGCGGCGGCGGGUGGAGGUCCACCCCCGGACGACCGGAACAGCCGCAUCUACUCACCCGUAACCUUUAAGGAUGUGGCUCGGCGUAGUGUAGCCAAUUCUCCGGUGAGGGGCAGCGCCCAACCGGAUCAGGAGAGGCGUCGCGAGUCCCGGUCCAAUUCCACGGGCCACGUAUUUAUGCGGACUCCUUCGGAUAUUUUCGGCUCUCUCAUCCUGGACACUGAGGAGUUUCUCGAGGACCUGCAAAUCUCCCGUUCCUCACUGGCCAACAACAACAACAAUCCGACACCAUGCGGCUUUAGCCCAACUCCUCCAUUCCGGAUUGGCAGCGCACCGCCAAAGCCGAGACCUAGUAAUCCGGAUAAGUUUACACCGGAGGAACUGGCCGCCAUGGACCAGGUGACGCCUCCGUCGACAGCUCCAGCCAGAGAAACGGCCAGCUGCAGCAGUGCAUCAUUGGAUCGCGACAAGGCGACCAAGCUGAAGAAAAUCACUUUCUCCACCAGCAGCAGUCUGGAUGCUACCACUCCAACUGCCGUGGCUGCCGUUGUGUGUCCAAUGCGUUCCAAGUCGCCGCCAAUGACAGUGGCCCCAGUGGUACAAAUGGUUCAGGCCAGUACCAGCAAAGGCGACAGCCAACGACCAGGUUCGAAGGAUUCGGUAUCAUCCAUUUCCCUGCACUCGCCCCCACCCAAUCGUUCCAGCUCGGCACCAGCCAGACCGCACUCAAUGUCGAAGGCAGCGCGAAAGGCCUUCCUGGCCGCCAAGCAGACCAAGGCAAUGGAAAAGCUGGACAAGAUGAUCGAAGAGGUACACGAAGUGGAGUCCCAGUCGGCGACAAAGGCGGCCAACAUGCGGUUGGCCCUCUAUGGCCAUGAUGGCGGUGGUGACUUGGCCGCCGGUGGGUGUCCACUGUUUCUGCCUCCGCCGCCGCAGCAGCAGCAACAGCGCCUGAUGCCCAGCUCCAUCUCAGACUCCGGCCUGUGCAGUCAUGGUCAUAGUCAUGCUCCUAGCUGUCAUCACAUGGAUCCGAAGAUGAGCAACAGCCAGAGUUUCCAGCAUCCUCCACGUGGCGGAAUAACCCAUCAGUGCUGCAGCGGCUUUGGACACGGAAAUGGACGUCACUCUCACCGGAUGCACUCGAAUGCCUGCCGAAUUCUGUAGAGGAUGGCAGCACGAGCACAUCUCUCACCAAUUCCAUAUCAUGUAUACUGACUCGAAUUCCGCUCAAUGUUCCCGCGUGC